AUGAAGUCCUUCGACCUCCUCCUCACCAUCCUCCUCCUCUCCCUCUGCCUCUCCUUCUCCGCCCUCACCUUCACCCUCGCCCAAACCAUCUCCACACCCCUCCCAACCGCAAUCAGCGCCUCCAUCCUCAGCGACGCACUCCAACCCACCACCACUCUACUCGUCUACUACGCCAGCGAUACCACUAUGACAACAGCCCUCCAUCCUAGCCUGUCAAACCCAAGUGGUGGUACCGUCGCAGCUCCCUCUCCCACCGACGUCUCCUUGAUGGUCUCCCUCCUCACGGAUACGAUGCCGAGCCCUUCGAUGUUGUCCUCCUCCACAAUCACGAUUGGAACCUCAACCUCCACUCCACCAUCGUCAACAAAUAUGUUGUUGGACUCGUCGGGAAUGAUGGUGUCUCCCACGACUGUUUCGAUAGUCUCUACCUCAACUACUGUUUUUGCUAGUCAGAGUUCGACCUCGACCUUGGCUUCAGCUUCAAAUUCUACGAGUCCAACUCAGCGCUCAACUUCGACAUCGACUUCGACUUCAAGCGCUGGUGCGGCUGCUACAGGUGAUGGUUUUGGAGUUGGAUUGGGUGGCGUGCUUGGUGCUGUCGUUGGUGUGAUGGCAAUUUUGUGA